AAAAUCAUAGAAUAGAAUAGAAAGAUAGGACAUCAAACUAAAACUACUCAACACCACAUUACAAGGAUUCUCCAUCUGACUGAUGUCAAAGUAAUAGUAGAAGCAGCAAUCCCAUAUUUUGCCCACUCGGUGGGGCUGAAUCCCUUGUUCACAGCUGGCAUUUACUGGGGGUAAAUAGUGUGGUGACAUACAAAAUGGACUAGCAAGAAAAUCGAGUUCGAAUCCGGGUUGCGUCAGGAAGGGCAAAUGUGCCAAAUGUCAACAUGCGAAUCGUCAGUGUGACAUUCGCUGUGGCAACCCCUAAUCAGGAAAAGCCGAAAGUGACUUUCUAGUAUUUUUAUAUGAAGAAUCAGUAAAGGAAAAUGAUAAGCACUGGAACUCCUGAUAAGGACCAAUGGAAACAACUUUGUACUACGCUUGUCAACAAGAGAAAAUGAGUGAUCAGUGUCCCAAGGAUAAGCCAGCCCAGGGGGAAUGUCCCGGAUCAGCUGGGCCAGGAGGAGAGUGCCAUAAGGGGAAAGGACCUGAUAAACACGGGCAUGGACAUGAACAUGGACGUGGAGGUGGAGGAGAGUGCCAUAAGGGGAAAGGACAUGAAGGACAUGAACAUGGACAUGGACAGGAUAAAAAAUGUCAAAAGUGAAGAAAUCUUUGAACUGUCAUUUAGGCAUAUUACUUGUAAAGAAAUGUAGAAAUGCAUCUUUAAUAAAUAAUAAACCUAUCCUACAAUAAAGCAACUGUUUGUUCAUUUAAAUAUAAAGUUAGCGACAGACUCCAUAUUAACACAUGUAUGCACAACAGAUGCAUGUAAUCUUUUGUUCAUUGUCUCAGGUUAGUCAUUUAACAAGUCUAAAUCCUCUAUAUCAUCCGAGUAUGGAAAAUGGCUCAUAACUAUGUAGGGCAGAGUGUGACUCUUUGGAGGAUGCACAGGUUGAGUUGGUGGGGGAAAAACAGCAAGGAUGACAGGCUAUGAUGCAAAUAACACAAAAAAAAAACUGUAUAAUGACAAAUGGCACAAAUGACCUGUUCCUAGCUACAACAAAGCAUGUCAAUGUAGUUCUAGUAUUCACUGACAGAAACAUCAAUGCAAUGUUACAGUGAAAUAAAAAGGUAACUCUCCAAGUUUCCUAUUGAGAUUUAUUGGAAUAAUAUACUGGUUAUUUGGUACAAUAUUAAGUAGCUUUAUAGUUAACCAUUUCUUAUUCAUAUAAUCAAUAACUAGAACUACCGACUUGCAGUUGUAUUCUCACAGUCUUCCAUCCUUACAUGAAGAUGUUCAUCAUUGUAUGCAUGCAAGUCCAAAUUCUCUACAACAGCAAUAUCCUCUGUUUGAUACACUGUAUGUUAUCGUUUCACAGCAGACAGACUCACUAUCCUUUGGUCAAAAAGCUGAUUGUUAGCUGUCAGUGUGUGUUGCUUUGCUAAAUAAAGGGUUAAAAAAAUAGUAGCCAGUAUACUGUAUAUAGCAUCUGUAUUUGCAUGGGUAGAGAUUUUAUGUUUGCUAAAAUCUUGGACAUCCAGAAACAAAUUUGACAUAUCCUGAUGUUUCUGUUACUGCUAGGACUCCUUACUAUAUGCUGACACGUUAGAACUUGCUUUGUUAAAUUACAAAACAAAACAAAACAAAACAAAUCAGUAAAGCAACAAUGUGAAGCAGGUGAUGACUUGUAGAAAAAUGUAACCCUCCCUAUUGCAUUGGAAUGCAAGGAGACAGCAGACAGUUAACGUUCACUGCCAAUCUCCAGUACUAGUACAGGCAACAGCAUGACUUUUAUGAAAAUGUUAAAUUCUCCUCCCCAGGCUUUGCCACGAUCAGUCAUCAAAAGCCUAACAGCUAAAACAAAUUGUAUCACCCUUAUUAUCUAAAACAGUCCAGUAAACUAAUCCUGCUUCAUGUUGGUUUACACAUCCCCACACAACACCAGAGGCUAAAGUAAGAGUUUUACCUAAAUUUACAUGUGGACUUAUAAUCUUGCUAACCAAGUGAUUUGUUUCUGAUCAUUUCUAAUCUAACCGUUUUUAAUCUUACGUAAUUAAAACUAAAUAUUCACUACUUCAGUUUGUAGAUAUGUUGAACAUUUAUCACUGUGAACUAGAAAAGAGCAUUGUGGUAAUUUUCCAGCUAUGCACCAUAUAAUUUUGUUACAUAAAACGUAAUCAAGGCAGCAUG